AUGCCUCUCACUUUUUCACAAAAUUUUUAUAAAAGAAUCGUUGUAUUUGGUGACUCAUAUUCCGAUACGGGAAAUGUAUACAAAUUAUCGGACGGAGAAUGGCCACCACCACACCUCCACAAGGGUCGAUUCUCAGAUGGACCCGUUUGGUCAGAAUAUGUAGCUAAAGAUCUUAAUUUAGAAUUAGUCGAUUAUGCGCACGGAGGAGCAACAACGGAUAAUCGGUCGAUUAAAGGCUAUUCAGGAAAAAAAUGUGAACUUCUUGUUCCUGGGAUGCUGCAACAAGUCUCACAAUUCCUACAAGAUUUCCCUUCUAAAGCGCAUUUCGCUAAUACGCUCGUGACAUGGCUAGUAUUCAACGAUUAUGCUUUCACGAACUACACCGCAAACCCCAAAAAAGUAGUCGCACGGAUGACACUAUCCUGGAAAAAACUCUACGAAAAUGGGAUCCGAAAUUUCCUAAUACCGAAUAUGCCUGAUUUCUCAUAUUACCCUGUAUUUCGAACGAAAAAUGUCGAAUAUAUCGCGCGCUUAAAAACUGGCGUUCGGAAACACAAUGACGCGUUGCAGAAUGCCAUCCGGAACUUCCAACAUGAUUGUCCGGAUAUCGUGGUUCAUACUUUUGCAGCCGAUCAAUUUUAUAAUUAUUACCGAACGGUCGAAUCAAAGUUUCGUCGGGUAAUGUAUAGUAAGGAGGAGAAGGAAGAAUAUGAUAAUUGCGCGAAAAUGUGUGUGAGCGUGAAGGGAACGUGUGGACAUAAGCGUACUUAUAGUCAUCGACGAAAUUCGCAACAGACUGGUAUUUUUUAUGUUGAUGAUUAUCAUCCGUCGACUAAUGUUCAUUUUGCGUUCGCGGCUG